ACUGAGUGGCAGAUACAAGGGAGGGUGAAACCGAGAAGGGGAUGGACCGAGAGUAGGCGAAGGGGAGGGAGCGUCAGAGGAGAGAGAGUAGAUGACUGGGAGAAGGAGAAAGGAAAACUGACAGAGUCAGGAGAGGAGAGCAAACGGUGCAGAAGAAGAUAGACAACUCCAGCCCAGUAUCAUUCCUCCCUCAGCUGCAGUGAUCCAGAUUAAGAGAAAAGUUUGAAAACAACAACUAAAACUUGCAUUAGUCCUUCUUUCCCUGAAGGGUCUGCAGAGUCCCUGGAAAAGAAAAGGAACCCAGAAGAAAGAGCCAUCAGAGAGCUUCUGCAGCCUCCACGCGUCCUGCAGGAAGAUGGAUUCAGACUCCGGAGAGCAGAGUGACGGAGACCUCUCUCCAGGACAGGAGAGCUUCAAUUCUCGCUCCCUGGCACUACAGGCUCAGAAGAAGAUUUUGAGCAAAAUGGCGACCAUGGUAGUGGCAAACAUGCUGACAGACGACACAAGCUCAGAGAUCUUGGACGAGCUCUACAAGACAAGUAGGGAGUUCACCAAGAGCAAGAAAGAAGCCCACAAAAUCAUCAAGGACGUCAUUAAGAUCGCCCUGAAGAUUGGCAUUCUGUACCGAAACCACCAGUUCAGCCCUGACGAGCUGGACACGGUGGAGCGCUUCAAGAAGAAGAUGAACCAGGCGGCUAUGACAGCAGUGUCCUUCUAUGAGGUGGAGUACACCUUCGACAGAAACAUCCUGUCGGAGCUCCUGCUGGAGUGCAGGGACCUGCUUCACGCGUUGGUUGAGCAGCACCUGACCACACGGUCACAUGCGCGCAUCGACCAUGUUUUCAAUCACUUUGCCCACGGUGAGUUCCUGGUCGAGCUGUACGGGGACGGAGAGGAGUACAGACUUUCUCUGAGGAAGAUCUGCAAUGGCAUCAACAAACUGCUGGAUGAAGGAACGCUUUAACCUCUCACACAUGACCUUGUUCACAUCUACAUUUUUCCUUCCUCUUGGUCUUUUUCUUGCUGGACUCUGUUCUGUUUGGCCCUGAUUGCUCACUUCUCUCUUUUCUUUCUCUAUUUGCUUUUGUCUUUCUGCUUCUUCUGCAUCUAUUCCCAUGGAGCUAGUUGCUGCUGCGGUACAAAGAGGGACAUUUUUUUAGACUGUCUUUCUGUGGAUGAUUGCUGCACAUUGGGACUGUCUAUUUUACAUUUAAUGGAUUACAGCAUUCCACUCUAUCCUCUGUGUGUGCAAAAAUGUACUGUACCAAUGGCCAAAAAAGCAAAUGCUGGAUAAAUCUGGAUAUGAGCGAAAAUCAGAAAUAGCGAUCAAACUCUCUUUUGUGAUCUCUUUGUGUGUAUGUGUGUUUUUGUAAAAAUAUGUUUGUAUGGGAUUCUCUUGAAUGUGUAAUGUGUUUGUACUUUAAGAUGUGCAGAUUUAAAAAUCAAAAAUUGAAAAUCCUCAUUUACAAAAGUAUAUCUUUUGACUUUUUAGUCUACAUAUACUUUGCAUGAAUAUGCCUAUUCUUUAUUUGGAGAUCUUGCCAAAGCAGAACCAUCUCAGCAGCACUCCAGAGUUUCUUUGGCCUCUAGUGCAUCAAGGUACAAAAGACUGAACUGAUGGUGCAAUAUUACUUUUAGAAAUCAUAAUUUUCAGUUUUUGAUUUUUUUAUAAAUUUGCAAAACAUUACAAGGACGCAUUGUCACUUAUGGGUUACUAGGUCUAGAUUUAUGGUCAGAAAUGGCAACUGUAUUCAUAUAAAAUGACAUCCAGAACACAAUAAAAGUGUGUAAAUGGUAAAGAAGUCUGAAUAUUUUUGAAAGCUAUGGUAAAAUCAGCCCUGACUUUCUGUGUGUGUGUGUGUGUGUGUGUGUGUGUUAUAUCUGUGUCAAUCUUCUCUAUGAGGGCAUAAUUCUUAUUGUUGUAUUAAACAUUUGUUUAACCUAUAUUCUGUAAGCCUUUGAGUCCGCAUUCAGAAUGAUAAAGAAGCCACAAACCUGUAGUUUUCACUCGCAUGCUCAACAGUCAACAAGACUAUUUCAAAAUUAGCAGGAAAAUCAGUGAUAUAUAAUUUUUAGUUCAUUGGAUGCCCUCUGGUUUGUUCUACUUGCCAGUCCAGGAAAUAAAAUGUGUGGUUAUUCCAGCUGAA